GGCGGCACCGCCCUUCCUUCCGACAACGGAUUGACAUGGAUCAGCUCAUCCCGAUCAUCAACAAGCUCCAAGAUGUGUUCUCGGCCAUCGGCCAGUCGCCCAUCAACCUCCCUCAGAUCGUCGUCGUGGGGAGCCAGUCGAGCGGCAAGAGUUCCGUGUUGGAGAACAUCGUGGGCAAGGAUUUUUUGCCGCGCGGCAGCGGCAUCGUGACCCGUCGACCGUUGGUGCUUCAGUUGUACAACACGGACGGGGGUGUGAACAAGGACGAGGAAUGGGGCGAGUUCAACCACUUGCCCAACCAAAAGUUCAACGACUUCAAGAAGAUCCGCGAGGAAAUCGAGAAGGAGACGGACCGCAUGACGGGCAAGAACAAAGGCAUUUCGAACAAGCCGAUCACGCUGAAAAUCUUUUCGCCGUUUGUGCUCAACUUGACACUGGUGGAUUUGCCAGGGAUCACCAAGGUGCCGGUGGGAGACCAGCCCGCCAACAUUGAAGAGCAGAUCCGAGAUAUGUGCCUCGAGUUUAUCGGGAACCCAAACUCGAUCAUCUUGGCCGUGACGGCGGCCAACACGGAUUUGGCCAACAGCGACUCGUUGAAGAUGGCGCGCGCGAUCGACCCGGAAGGGUUGCGCACCAUCGGCGUCUUGACCAAGCUCGACUUGAUGGACAACGGCACGGACGCCAUGGAAAUGCUGCAAGGUCGCAUCAUUCCGCUGAAGAAGGGCUACGUCGGUAUCGUGAACCGCAGUCAAGCCGACAUCAACAACGGCGUGGGCAUCCGCGACAGCGUGUCCAAGGAAACCACGUUCUUCAAGGCGCAUCCGGCGUAUCGCGGCAUUGCGAGCCGCAUGGGGACGGCGUUUCUCAGCAAAUCGCUCAACACGAUCCUCAUGCACCACAUCCGCGACUGUCUACCCGACAUCAAGUCUCGCAUUUCGUCCAUGUUGACCGAACUCGACUUGGAAAUGGACGGCAUGGGCGGCCCCACCGACACCAUGUCCAAGACGGCGCUCGGCGCGACGCUGUUGCAGCUGAUUUCGCACUUUUCGUCGUCGUUCAUCAACUCGCUGGAUGGCCGGCAGCCCAACGCGAACGACAUGACCGAACUGUACGGCGGCGCGCGCAUCUCGUACAUUUUCAACGAACUCUUCACCAAGAGCGUGCAGGCCGUGGACCCGUUUGACCAGCUCAGCGACAACGACAUCCGCACGACGAUCCGCAACGCCAACGGCCCGCGGCAGUCGCUGUUUGUGCCCGAAGUGUCGUUCGAACUGCUGGCCAAGCGCCAGAUCGCGCGGCUCGAAGCGCCUGGCCUCCAGUGCGUCGACUUUGUCUUUGAUGAGUUGCAGCGCGUGACGUCGCAGUGUGAAACGGUGGAACUCACGCGGUUCGCCGAUUUGCGGGACCGCGUCGUGGAGGUGGUCAACAGCAUGCUGCGCACGUCCAUGGGGCCGACGCAGGCGAUGAUUUCCAACUUGAUCAAGACGGAACUGUCCUACAUCAACACGAACCAUCCGGAUUUCAUCGGCGGGUCCCGCGCAGUCGCCCAGCUCAUGGACAAGCUGCAGCAAGAUGGCCACGCCGCCGGAGCUCAGUCGCCAGACCAGCUGCAGGCCAGGCGCGCGUCCGCCGCCAAGCCGCCACCGCAGUCCGAGGACAAGGCCGAGUCGUCCAGUGGGUUUAUGAGCAUGUUCAAGAAGCCGUCGGCGUCUGAAACGUCCAAGUCGUCCAAGGACCCCGUGGUCAAGCUGCCCCAGGUGCCGUCGACGAUGCGCCAGGGUGACGCCCCCACCGACCGCGAGCGCAUCGAGACGGAAAUCAUCAAGUCGCUGUUGGCGUCAUACUUUGACAUUGUGCGCAAGAACUUUCUCGACCUCGUGCCCAAGUCGAUCAUGUGCUUUAUGGUCAACCACGCCAAGGACCAGGUCCAGAACCAGCUCGUGUCGACUUUGUACAAGGAAGAAAAGCUCGGCGAGCUGCUGCGCGAGUCGGGGGACAUUGCCAGCCGCCGCGCCAAUUGCUCUGAAAUGCGCACGUUGUUGUCCAAGGCACUCGACAUUGUCAACGAAGUGCGCGACUUCAACACGUUCAAGUAACCAACCCUAAUAUAACCCACCCCUAUACCUCCCA